AUGGCGUCUACGCAGUCGUACAGCGGCCCACUUUCCCUCGGACACUCCAAGUAUGCUGAUCCACAGCGGAGGAAAGCAGCGCUGGCCGCAUCCGCAUCUGUCGCUGCUGUUAUCACUGCCGAUACCGCCAUGGCCACCAAGGAGCAAAUCGCCGCCUUGAAGACCGGUCAUGCCGCCCUCAAUGUAGCUCAACACAACGCUGAUGCGCAGCUCGCCAUAUCUCAGGGUAAUGCCUUGAAGGAAGAAGUCGCCAAGCAUGCCAAAAAAUUCUCCAGGACUGUAUCAUCCACUGUCACCAACACGCGCCGACUGCUAGAGCUGAUCCGUGAGGCGUCGCCAGAUGCGACCAACCCGACUAUCGAUGACCUAUGGGAUGAGUUGGAACAACUAUUUGCUGCUGCAAACGAGGCAAAGGAAGCGCUGCCCGAAUUCCUCGAGAAGCAGCGCGACAACAUGAGCCUGUACCACAGCUCAAUGGUGAACGAGGCCAUCAAGGACACGCAAGAUGAACUCAAUAUCCAGCACAAGAAGGUCAACAUCCAGCACAACCUGAUACUUGAGCACCAAGAAGCUUUUCUUGCGCACAAGGAGCAUACUUCCGGCAAGCUGAAGGAGCUUGAAGGUCUCCAGGAGCGCAUCUCACGUCUGACACUCGAGAAGGGCAACUUCCGCACGGAGAUCGACAAGUACGUGCAGCUGUUAGAGGAGGAGCGCUCAAUGAGAGCUGAAGAUCUCCGCAAAGUUGCCGAUCUAGAGAAGGAGCUUGAGGCUCUUGUAGACUCUAAGAAGCAGCUUCUCGUUGAGAUCGACACCCUGCGCAAAGCUCUCCAGGACUUCCAAGCUAAGAUGAAAUCUUCCGAGCAGGAGACAACCGAUCGAUUCACCGCCCAGCUGAAGUCGACUGCCGAGCUGUUGGCAAAGGAGACCCAGAAAACCACAGCUCUCAACACUAUGAUCAGCCAGCUGAAGGGCGGCGAGAGCACUGCCAGACUCGAUGCCGAUAAGGCGAAGAAGGAGAACAAAGCGCUGAACGAGAGGUACAGCAACCAGGCGGCUGAGCAUGCAAAAGCCUUUGCGGCAAGUAACCAUGCUACAAAAAAUCUAGUGCAAAUGAUGCUAAUGUGUUCGCAGAAACUCAACGAGCAAACCAAGCAAAUCGAAGGUCUGAAGACCGACCUCGAACGUCGCCAAGAGGAGAAUGCCGAGCUGAAACAGAGUCUCACCAAGCUUGCCGACCUUGAAGAACAGAUUACUCGGCUCAACCGAGUGAAGUGGACUCUGUCCGAACAAGUCAACAGUCUCAGCACUGAGUUGGAUGCUAGCAAGAAGGAGGCAAGUAAGGCCGACACCAAGGUGGAGGGUCUUCUGAAGAAAGUUGAAGGUCUGGACCAGGAGGUUGAACAGCUGGAAUCGGCUCACAACCAGCUUCUUAGCAAGAUGAAAGAGAACAGGAUGGCUGUCCAGACCUCCGAACUUCUCAAGAAUGAGAACACCAAACUCAAGACGAUGAUCGACGAGCUCGAGACCUCCAAGAGCACUUCACUCGUCUUGUGUGGCUCUUCGUCUUCAAAGGAUGAGAAGGCAGCGUGUGAUCAGGAGGACAGGAUUACGGACCUCGAAAACGCUCUACAUGAGUGGACUAAUCUUGCCAAGCGCUCUUACAAGGAGUACAAGGACAUGCUACCCACCUACAAGAAGGCCGAUCAGUACCGUCAGGAAGUCAUCGAAAGGGACGGGACUAUCAAGAACUUGAAGCUCGAGCUUGCUGAAGCCAAAGUCUCCAAGGCUAAUGGCGUGGGUGGUGCUGGUAAUGAUGUCCGUUACUGGAAGCAGAAGUAUGAGACCCUUCUGCUCGCCGUUGAUAAAUAG